AGACCGUAGUAUUUAUAUCGCAAAGAAGAGCCUUCCAAAACGCUCAAAUCCAAAACUCCUCGUAUAAGACUCACUUUAUUAACAUCCAUUACCUCCAACUUCUGCGAGAAGGUCUCUGUCAAGAUCGAUCGCAAUCCAAGAAUACUCACCAUCCUAACAAUGGCCCAAUAUGCCGAGCUCCACAAAGUCGCGAACCUUCGUGGUGCAGGCGACGCUCGGCCUACAGCCCUCCAAGUCAUUCGCGACGAGGAUCUGACCGGCAAAUUGGCCGACAAAGUUUUCCUUAUCACAGGUGUAUCUUCCGGUCUAGGUAUCGAAACCCUUCGUUCGCUGCACACAACCGGCGCCCACGUUAUCGGAACCGUACGCAACAUACCAAAAGGCCAAGCUGUGGUCGACAAAAUCCUCGCAGAGGAACACGAUGGAGGCGGGAAGAUUGAACUCAUCGAGAUGGAACUCGACAGCUUCGCCAGCAUCCGCAAAGCCGCUAAAGAGAUUCUCGCGAAGGCCGGCGGAAAGCUCAACGUGAUCAUCGGUAACGCCGGCGUAAUGGCCACACCAUACGGCAAGACCAAAGAUGGCUACGAGACCCAAUUUGCGACCAACCACCUCGGCCACUUCCUGCUAUUCCACCUCCUCAAAGACGCUCUCCUCUCAUCCGCAACCCCCGAGUACCCUAGCCGCUACGUCAGCGUCACCAGCAUGGCGCACAUCUGGUCCACCGUGCACUUGGACGACUACAACUACGAAACCACUCCCUACGAACCCUGGAACGCUUACGCCCAAGCCAAAACAGCAAAUAUCUGGUUCGCGAACUCCAUCGAGCGCCACUUCUCGUCCCGCCAUCUGCACGCUACAUCUGUGCAUCCAGGCGGUAUCAUCGAAGGAUCUGGGCUCGCUGUACAUGUGUCCGAUGAGACGAAGCAGGCAAUGUUUGGGGAUCCGGAGAUACUGCGUACGUUCAAGGAUGUUGGGCAGGGGGCUGCGACGCAGGUAUAUGCUGCGGUGAGCAAGGAAUGGGCGAAUAAGGGUGGGAGGUAUCUGGCCAGCCUUGAGGAACAAGGGAGUCGUGAGGAAGUCGCGAAGAAGGAGGACAUGUAUGAAAGUGCCAACGAAGGGUAUGCGCCGUGGGCGUACGAUGAAGAAAGUGAAGAGAGGUUAUGGAGGGAGAGCUUUGGUAUGGUGGGGCUUCCGCGGGAGUGACAAGGACGAUCAUCGGCGUUCAUAGGCUGUAUCUAGAUAUUGUCUGCAGGGCGUAAUUCUCA